AUGAAAUCAUUUUUGAAAGUGGGAUAUAGACGUCUAUCCACACUCCCCACUCCCCCCGCUUACGACGUCUGCGUUAUUGGCGGUGGCCAUGCCGGUUCUGAAGCCGCUGCAGCAAGUGCAAGGGCAGGUGCUAGAACUGCUCUACUCACUCAAAAUCCCGAUACUAUCGGUGUAAUGUCAUGUAAUCCAAGCUUAGGUGGUAUUGGAAAGGGCACUUUAGUACGUGAAAUUGACGCUUUAGAUGGUUUAAUGGGUAGGAUUGGUGAUGUUUCAGGUUGUAUGUACAAAAUGCUCAACAAGUCAAAAGGUCCUGCUGUUUAUGGUCCUCGUGCUCAAAUUGAUCGCUCCCUUUACAAAUCAAACAUGCAGAACACUCUCAAUUCCAUCGAAAACUUAGAUAUACACGCUGCUUCUGUCCAUGAUUUGGUCUUUGAUCAUCGCAACGCUCACAACACUCAAAACUCUCAAAUUUGGGGUACUGUCCGUGGCGUUCGUCUCGAUAACGGUCACGUCAUUCCAUGUUCUCAAGUUGUUCUAUGUACAGGCACCUUUUUAGAUGGUGAAAUUCAUAUCGGUAUGAAAUCCUUCAAAGCUGGCCGCAAAGGUGAUCCCGCAAGUCCCCCCUCUGGUCUAUCUAAAUCACUCCGCCUAGCUGGUUUUGCUUUAGGCAGACUCAAAACGGGUACUCCUGCGCGUCUAAAAAAACACACAAUAGACUUUACAAGUAUGAUUGUUCAGGAGGGUGACGAUUCACCCCAACCAUUCAGCUUCCUUAACAAGAAUGUCCAUUUGGAGAAUAACCAAAUCCAAUGCUACCAAACACAUACCAUCCCCACAACGCACAACAUUAUCAGAAACAAUCUCCACAAAACAUUUCACAUCAGAGAGACUAUUAAUGGUCCCCGCUACUGUCCAUCGAUAGAAGCUAAAAUCAUUCGUUUCCACACUAAAGACUCACACAACAUUUGGCUCGAGCCUGAAGGUUUCGACAGCGAUGUCAUCUAUCCAAACGGGAUAUCUACAACACUUCCCGAAGAGGAGCAAAAUCUAAUGAUAAGGUCGAUUCCCGGACUAGAGAAAGCAGAAAUGAUAAUGCCAGGUUAUGGUGUAGAGUAUGACCACAUCGAUGCGCGUGAAUUGAGUGCCACACUAGAAACGAAGCGUGUGCAAGGUCUUUUCUUAGCUGGUCAGAUAAACGGCACAACGGGGUAUGAAGAAGCUGGUGCGCAAGGUAUUCUCGCAGGUAUAAAUGCCGCUUUGGCAGCUCAUCAUAAAUCUCCACUCAUCCUCACACGCGCUGAUGGAUACAUUGGCGUCAUGGUCGAUGAUCUUAUCACCCGCGGUGCCCAAGAGCCUUACAGAAUGUUCACUGCGAGAUCCGAGUACAGAAUGACGCUACGUGCCGAUAACGCUGACACGAGACUGACGCAGAAAGGUUACAAUAUCGGCGCCGUGUCUGAGUCCCGUUGGAGUGUGUUCAACUCUGCUAAAAAGGAGAUGGACCACGUCACAGAGACCCUCGAAAGUCUCAGAAUGUCGCCCGAAAAAUGGAGAGACAGAGGCAUUCUGGUUAAUCUAGAUGGAAAGUCGAGGAGCGCGUAUGAUAUACUCACUUUCAAGAAAAUAGGCACAGAUGUUAGAGCUACUGUUGACGACAUGAUUCAACAUUUGCCUGCAUUAGCAAAGAUUGAUCCACGUCUACGCGAGCGUGUCAAUAUUGAGGCUAUGUACAAGCCACACCUCAAACGUCAAAAUGCAGAUCUUAGAGCUUUUAUGUCGGAAGAAACAUUGCCACUAUCGCCAGCGUUAGAUUAUGACGCCGUGCCAACACUGUCCAACGAGGUGCGCGAAAGAUUGAAGAAGGUGCAGCCAUUGUCGAUAGGUGCUGCUAAGCGUAUCGAGGGCAUUACACCAUCAGCCAUCAUCACACUUUUAAGGCACACGAAUACUUCAGGAAGGAGUUACAAACACUUAUAA